AUGGCUGUCGGCAAAAACAAGAGGCUCUCAAAGGGCAAGAAGGGAAUCAAGAAGAAGGUCAUCGACCCCUUCACCAGGAAGGAAUGGUACGACAUCAAGGCUCCUGCGUUCUUCGAAACCCGAAACGCUGGUAAGACUCUUGUCAACCGAACCCAGGGUCUCAAGAACGCCAACGACUCUUUGAAGGGCCGUGUUCUUGAGCUCUCCCUUGCCGACCUCAACAACGACCAGGAGCAGUCUUUCAGGAAGAUCAAGCUCAGGGUUGAGGACGUCUCUGGCAAGAACUGUCUCACCUCUUUCUACGGUAUGGACUUCACCACCGACAAGCUCCGCUCUAUCGUCCGAAAGUGGCAAUCCCUUGUCGAGGCCAGCGUUGACGUCAAGACCACCGACGGUUACGUCCUCCGACUCUUCGCCAUUGGUUUCACCAAGCGACAGUCCAACCAGGUCAAGAAGACCACCUACGCCCAAUCCUCCCAACUCAAGGAGAUCCGAGGCAAGAUGGUCGAGAUCAUGAAGCGAGAGGCUGAGGGUAGCGACUUGAAGGAGUUGGUGCAGAAGUUCGUCCCCGAGUCUAUCGGUCGAGAGAUUGAGAAGGCUGCCAAGGGCAUCUACCCCCUCCACAACGUCUACGUCCGAAAGGCGAAGAUUGUGAAGGCCCCCAAGCUCGACAUGUCCAAGCUCCUUGAGACUGUCGGUGAGGCCAACGACGCCAACACCGGUUCCAAGGUCAUCAAGAGCGGAGAAUUUGUUGAGCCCGAGGUCCUUACUUCCGUUUAA